UCGAGAGGAGGGGGUAUACGGUCGGUCAGGACUGGAUUUCGGAGGCUACAAUAUAAGGCUAACUUUAACAUGAAUAAAUAGGGGCUUAGAUUCAUCGUGUUUAAAAUAAGAAACAAAUAUUCAUUGUAGAAAACGCCGACCAAACAGAGACAAACCCCUCAUCUCUCGUAGACUAUUUAUCUGUCGACGCAUCUAUUCUGCACAUUCUCCUAUGUUGUUCUAGGCGGAGGAAUGGACAACUGCGUUCAUCCAUAUGUGUAGAUAAAUAAAUGGGUGAUUACGUUUUGGUUUAUUACAGACCAUUGGACACCGCUCUACUCCUCGACGGACGCACUCUAAUAUCUGCUCCUCCUCUUCUCCGGUUUCCAUCCGCCAGUUGCGCCCCGGCUCGCCCUUGGUCUCGCACAGUAGCGUCGCCGCCGUGUCCCCACUGCUCCUGUCAGUUGCUGCGCAUCGGCAAAACAUGCAGGAUGAGCCUGUGGGGGUGACAACCGAACAACGACCCCCGCCAACAGAGGAAAAGUAGUACAGAAAAAACAGCACAGUCAAUAAAGCCGGGAUACAGCAACCAAAUGAAACCAACAACCAGCUGGGAGCCCUCACUUCCAACUACAACCACCUGAACCAGAAUCCAGAUUUUGGUCAAGAUCAUUUUUGCCCUACACAGUCUAUAUUUGACCUUCAGCACGACUGGAAAAUACAUCAGCUAGCUGAGUUUGGAUGCACUGAGUCGCCCCUACCCCAAGGAAAAUUCAGUCACCUGCCGCUGAGGCAGCCUUUCACCGCUCAAGUCUCCACCAAACCCGCGUGCAGCACAGACUCCAGCCCCGGACGAAUCAGCGGCUCGCCAGUGGGGGAGGUUGAAGCCGAUGUGGAGACUGUCGCGUCGCCAUCGCCCACUUCCGUAAAUCCAAACAAGGUUCAGAUACAAAUGGACUCCCUCAUCACCCACCAUAUAAAUAACGGCAAUGGCAGUGGCACCGGCAAUAUGUUGGCCGGAAGUCUCGGGGGCGGUUUUCCAAACCUCCAGAACCAAGAGAUGCAGAACCCGAGUGGUGGCUCAGCUUCACCUCCACUCCAUGGAUUCGGAACCCCGUGGUCGGUUCAGACCAGCUCUCCACCACCCGUCUCCAACUCGGCCAACCCUAUCCACCACGCAAACGCGAUUAAUCAGAUGGCUCAUACCGAGCCAGACAACAGCUUUUAUCCCGGUAUCCCCUCCUCCAUCAACCCAGCCUUCUUCCAGAGUUUUUCUCCGGUGUCGGCUAAUCCGUGCCCCGGCAUUAACGUGCAGGGCUUCACCAGUCCGUUCUCGCACCAGAUCAACGCCCCUCAGCAGACGCAGCAGAGCCGCCGGUCCCCAGUCAGCCCCCAGAUGCACCCCCAGCACCAUCAUCAGCACCAGCAAGGCGUCUUCCUGCAGCAGAGGAACAACUACAACCACCACCACCAGCCCAUGGUGAAGCAAUCUCCCUGGGGGGGCAGUCACCAGGGGAGUGGUUGGAGCUCUGGUGGUAUGUCCUGGGGUCGGGACCACCGUCGUGGUGGAGGCAUGGGCAUCCCGGGCUCUGUCAGCCAGGUCUCCCCCAUGAAAAAGCCCUUCUCCAGUAACGUCAUCGCACCGCCCAAGUUCCCCCGUUCCACCGGCCCCAUGGGCCCCAAGGCCUGGAUGGAGGAGAACAUGUUCCGAACAGACAGUAACAGUAACACGCUCAUGCCUCUCCAGGAUCGAUCUAGAAUGUACGACAGUCUAAACAUGCACUCACUGGAAAGCUCUCUGAUUGACAUCAUGCGGGCGGAGCAGGAUCCAAUGAAGGGCCGUGUGGGAUGCCCUCACCCCGGAGCCGACGGCCUGCUCAUGCUCAAUGGCCGCUCGUCCCUGUUCCCAAUUGAAGACAGCCUCCUUGAUGACGGGCACGGUAACCAGGGCGUCCCAGGGCUUGACACCAACUGUUACCCCCACCCAAACGGGGAGCGCAUUGAGCGUUUCUCCCGCAAAGUGUUUGUGGGCGGCCUUCCCCCUGACAUAGAUGAAGAUGAGAUCACCAACAGUUUCCGUCGCUUUGGCCACCUGGUGGUGGACUGGCCACACAAGGCUGAGAGCAAAUCCUACUUCCCCCCGAAAGGUUACGCCUUCCUGCUGUUCCAGGAGGAGAGCUCAGUGCAGGCUCUGAUCGAGGCCUGCAUGGAGGAGGACGGCAAGCUCUACCUCUGUGUCUCCAGCCCCACCAUCAAAGACAAGCCUGUCCAGAUUCGUCCAUGGAACCUGAGUGACAGUGACUUUGUGAUGGACGGCUCUCAGGCUCUGGAUCCUCGAAAGACCAUCUUCGUAGGAGGCGUUCCACGCCCUCUCAGAGCAGUGGAGUUGGCCAUGAUUAUGGACCGUCUCUAUGGGGGGGUCUGCUACGCUGGCAUCGACACCGAUCCAGAGCUCAAGUACCCAAAAGGGGCGGGGCGCGUGGCCUUCUCCAAUCAGCAGAGUUACAUCGCUGCUAUCAGCGCCAGAUUUGUCCAGCUGCAACAUGGAGACAUUGACAAGCGGGUGGAGGUGAAGCCCUAUGUUCUGGAUGACCAGCUUUGUGAUGAGUGCCAGGGGGCGCGUUGUGGGGGGAAGUUUGCCCCUUUCUUCUGCGCCAACGUGACCUGCCUGCAGUACUACUGUGAGUUCUGCUGGGCUAACAUCCACUCCCGCGCCGGCCGAGAGUUCCACAAGCCGCUGGUCAAAGAGGGGGCUGACCGCCCAAGGCAAAUUCACUUCCGCUGGAACUGAAGAGAAACGCGAUCACAUGUCACUAUGGAGACAUGGUCAGAAGCAACAGUCAAUGAAGAGAGACAUCGCCAGGCAGGAAAAAGUGUCAUCUCCCUGCUUCUUACCGUAAGCUAUCAGUAUAGAGUACAUAACAGUAUACAAUAUAUCUAUCUUUUGUAGCAGCCAAACAUUACAAGCCUCAGUUUUUCACCAAUCCCCCCUUUCACAUCUCAGGCUCUAACAACUUUUUUUGUGGUACCUUCAUGUUUUUUUAAGAGGAUAUUUAAAAAGAGAUAGAUGUUUUGUAGUUUUUCAAAUUAUUUUUAUAUGUGAGAUUUAACGUAGAUAUGAGAAUGUCUUUGCAUGGGGGUAGCCUGUCUGUCUGUCUGCCUGUCUGCCUCUGUCUGUCUGUCUGCCUGUCUGUCUGUCUGUCUGUCUGUCUGUCUGCCU